CUAAUGACUUUCAAAGGAAUCCAUGUCCUUAUCUCUCACCUUCCCUCCCGUACUCUUUAUAAUUAUAAGCCCUACCCAAAUUCACAACUUCAUACCACUGUAUCACCAACCUUCACAACUAUGGGAAACACUUUAGGAGGCAAAAAGACUGUCAAGAUCAUGAAGAUAACCGGUGAAACCUUCAAGCUAAAAACUCCGGUGAAAGCCGGUGAGGUUGUUAAAGAUUACCCAGGUCUUGUUUUGUUAGAAUCAGAAGCAGUUAAGCAUUAUGGGAUUAGAGCAAAACCUCUUCAACCAAAUCAGGAUUUGGUUCCAAAGAGGCUUUACUUUUUAGUAGAGUUGCCUAAGUCUCCAACAGAGAAAGUUGCAAGAAGGGUUCGGUCUGGACCGAUUAAUAUGAGCGCUAAAGAUAGGCUCGAAAGUCUAAUGUUGGCUCGAAGAUCGGCUUCUGAUCUUUCUAUAAUUAAGAAUACUUCUAGCAGUAGCUUUGUUUCUGAUGAAACAGAGAAAAAUGGGCAUGAAGAGAGUGCAGUUAGGGUAAAAAUGAGACUACCCAAAGCAGAAGUUGAAAAGUUGAUGAAAGAAAGCAAAAAUGAAGCAGAGGUAGCUGAAAAAAUCAUGAACCUUUAUGUGGGAAACAAAGAGAAAAAAUCUAAUGAUCAAACUAAGCUUUCGAAGACUUCUGUUAAUGGAAGAGUAACUAAUGAAGAAAGUGUUAAGAAGCGAGUUAGUUUCUUGCCAGUCAAUGAAGGAGAAAUGCAAAUAGCUGUGGCUUCUUAUUAGCAAAAUGAAUAUUAAUACAAUAUAUGAUGAAUUACUCUCAAUAAAUUGUGAAGAAGAGUGAAGUAGUUGGAUCUCCAAGUUUUUGGAAUGCUCCAAAUUCCACUUGAGCGUCUAAAUCUGGAUCAAUACCAGCAAAGACAAGAUCAUAUAUAAAUUGCAUUCUCUCUACUUCAGCCUUCAGCCUUCAGCCUUCAGCCUUCAGAUUCUCAUGUACCAAGCUCUUAUUUUCUUGUAUAUACAAAACCAAAAAAAAUGGAGUUUUCAGAUUUUCGAGGAUUAUGAAUUUAAGAGCAUGCAGUGGUGAGAGAUGUAACCCUUUGACAUAUCUUUUCACAGUGACUCAUAGGAUGAUAAUUUUAACUUUUAUUACUUAUAAUUGUUUGUAUUU